AUGUCGCUGAAGCCUAAGUUGGAUGUUUAUCCGGUCGAGAAUUACAUCCAGUCGUCGACCGACCACGAGCAGAAAACAGGGACGGCAGGGGGCAGUAACGUGUGGGGCCGAGCCAACGCCGCGAGCCCGACGAAGCCCCCGAGGCGGAAGACACCCCUGGAGAAGCUUCUGAGCCUCAAGGCGCACUGCCAGGAGGAGUCCUGCGUGGCCUCCGUCGAGGCCGUCCUCAUCGCCCACCUCCACCGCCAUCCCCACAUCCUUCUGCUGAAGCAGACCAUCGCGCGGAAUCGCGACGCGAGCGGCGGGCGCGUUCUCGGUGUGGGGGGGGUCUAUUAUCGCCUGCCAGGCGGUCGCUGCCGCCGCGGGGAGGCCGAGGAGGCCGCGCUACUGCGGAAACUCGGCCGCCACCUCCUCGGUGAAGAGAAGGCGAAGACGGACCCCCCUGGCGACGCCAUCCACCCCGCGACGUCGGAGACGGUGGUCGAGGUGACCGCCGCCUCGCCCUCCGCCGAGGCGGCGAAUUUCUUCCGCGUCGGCGAGGUCCUCGCUCGGUGGUAUCGCCCGCAUUUUAGUCCUCUGAUGUACCCGUAUAUCCCCUCACACAUCUCCGCCAGCGACGUGAAGGAGGUGCGGACGAUCUUCCUCGUGCACAUGAAGCCUAUUGGGUAUUUUAACCUGGCCCCGGAUAUGGAGUUGGUGGCGGUGCCGCUCUUCGAUUUGUAUGAAAACACGGCCAAAUACGGUCCGGUGAUCGCGUCGUUACCGGCCACACUUUCUCGAGUGCUGAUCAAUUACUGUAGCUCGGAGUAUUGA